CCAAUGGACUUUGCAAUCACGUGGUGUGCAUACGUCACGGAUGACAUCAGUAGGUCGGGCCGCGGAGUAGGAAUCUGUCGGUGUUAGUGAUGGAGCAGGAUUUGGUCUCCGUAGAUGGCAAGAACUCCCGGGCUGUUCUCUGCCAACGUUGUGGCUGUAGGGUACUGUCAGCUGGGGUGGCCACCCUGGCAAAACGAGAGUUGCUUCUCCCUUCAAUGAGAAAGAAGUCCUCUUUGUCUGAAAGCUCCUCUCCAGACUGUGAACUCCUUGCUGAACAUUGGCUGGUACAUGAUAUGUUCACCUUUGAAAAUGUUGGAUUCACCAAGGAUGUAGGAAGUAUAAAGUACCUAGUGUGCGCUGACUGUGAAGUGGGUCCUAUAGGAUGGCACAGCUUGGAGGAAAAAAGUAACUUUUAUGUGGCAUUGGAAAGAGUUCGUCAUGAGUGAGACAUUUGUCCAUGGAAACCUGACUUUUCUUAUGCAAAGACAUGGCUGAUCACCUGUCAGAUCCCUUGUUUACCAUUUUCAAAUAUUUUGUUUCUUUCAUAGUAUAAUGUUUUUGUUAUGACUUCAAUAUAACUUCUAGAUCCAUACAAAAUGUAUUAUUACAUGAAAAUCAAAAUCUGCAGAAAAAAUAGUUUUAUUGUAAAGUUCUGUGUCUAGGAAAGGGUUCUGUUAAUCUAAUAUUGAAUGGGAACUGUAUUCCACAGAUUUACUACAUUUUCUUGCAGUUACACUGUAAUGGGCAGCCUCUGUAAUGGUUUUAUUCCAUGUUUCUGCCCCUUUAGUAGUUAGUUCAUGUUAUAGUUUCUGUGCCUAUUGAUAAGUAAUUGCUUGUAAAAUACUUGCCAACAUGCUUGUAUUAUAACCUAGUAAGUUAGGUUGAAAAAAGACAUUUGUCCAUCGAGUUCAACCAUAAUGCCUAUAUAUAACCUGCCUAACUACUAGUUGAUCCAGAGGAAGGCAAAAAACCCCAUCUGAAGCCUCUCUAAUUUGCCACAGAGGGGAAAAAAAUCCUUCCUGACUCCAAGAUGGCAAUCGGACCAGUCCCUGGAUCAACUUUUAGUAAGAGCUAUCUCCCAUAACCCUGUAUUCCCUCACUUGCUAAAAAGCCAUCUAACCCCUUCUUGAAGCUAUCUAAUGUAUCAGCCAGUACGACUGGUUCAGGGAGGGAAUUCCACAACUUCACAGUUCUCUCUGUAAAAAAAUCCUAAAUACAUCCUAAAUCCUUAUACAUAGAAUAAUAACCACCCUGUUACUUAUAUGUCGGGCAUCCCCAAUAUUAAUGCCUACUAGAAUUAAUUAAUUAGGUGACUAUGGAAGCAUUGGGAAGAAUUUCAUUGCCUGUCAGUAGGCUAGAGUAAAGUCACAUUUUAUUUUACAACUUUCCUUCUAAAGCUUGUAGCCUUUUCAAUACUGCUACCCUAAAACACCACUUUCCACAAGAUACAAGAGUAAAGUUUCCUAUCCAUGGUAGGAUCUGCUUAUUAAGUGCUAAGUAUAAGUAACUCUAUAACCCUACAAUACUUUGUAGCUCUUUUCCUUACUUACUAUGUUCUCAUUAACUGAAUGACCAAAAAUUAGAACUGGAAAGCUGAAUAGCGACAUUAUCACAAAGUAGUACAUAUUUUUUAAAAGGGUAUUUUAACCCAUAUAUAUAUGUUCAAGAUGCUAAAUGGAAACUGUUGUUGAAAAAAAUGUUUUCUAAUUUCUUUUUCCCAUGCUACAAGCUGAAAAUUUCUCCUUUAAAGUGGAAUGCAUUCUGUUUAGUGGUAUGAUUUACUUUGCCUUAAUAUAAUGUCAGUUAUUUCUAUGAUGAACUUAGCCAUAUUAUAAAAUAAGUGACUAAUACAAAGGAAACUACAGAAGUAACAGGAUAGUUAAUACUAAGUAAAAGGUAAUGUCCAUUCCAUGGAAGUUAUGUUUAAUAUUGUACAAAUAGUAUAAUUUGACAAAAUAGGUUAUUGUUAGCAAAAAUACACCUGUUUGUUUAUAUUUA